AUUCAAUCAGUCGGCCGCUUGCUUUCAGUCGGAGAGGUUGUCGCGCGCUUGUUAUUGCGGAAGAGUUGUGUCAACGUGAGCGACGCACGAUUUAAAAACGCCGACGCUCGUAUGUACGCCUCAAACACAACAACAUUGAUGGCUUACAAUCUAGGUAGCUCAUAAACGAGGAUGUGAGUGUGCGGGCGUAUCGCGCAGGUUAAAUAUAAAACUCGUUCCAUUCGUGUGUUGUUUUUGCGUGAUAUUAAAGCGCUGAUUGUGAGUGAAAUAUAUGCAUGCAAUAUAUGUAUGUGUGUGCGCAUCAAUUGACGUAAAAAAUAAGUAGUAACACACAAAAAAGAAUCAAAAGAAACUAGAGACUCAACAUGCAGAAUUCAGCGUCUUCUUGUGCCUGGUACUUGCCCUGGUCGUUGGCUGCCCAGCAGCACCAACAUAAGCUCUUGGCAAUGCAAUCGCCGUUUGCUGACAAAGUGGCCACCGUUACGCCACCGGGCGCCAUCUACGCGCCACCACAUCAAUUGCAACAGCAACAGCAGCAGCAGCAGCAUCCACAGCAUCACCUGCAGCAACAACAGCAUCAGCAGCAUCAGCAUCAUCAACAGCAUCAACAGCAGCAGCAACAACAUCAACAGCAGCAGCAACACUCACCGAAUACGGCGGCAGCACCGCCCACAAAUUAUCAACAGCCCACACUGCAUCCCAGUGCUGGAACCCAUUUCCCCCCCCCCAUGGCAGCCGCUUUCAAUUUCACCCAGUCGCUGCUGAACGCCGCCCAGACGCCCAGCUAUCCAGGACAGUUGACACAAGGCACGCAGCACAGUCACUCCCAGACUCAACAGCUGCUGCAGUCGACGAUGUUCUCGCCGCUUUCGCUGGGCGCCUAUUACAAUCCCAUGGCCGCAGCAGCGGCAGCCGGAGCUGCAGGCGCGAAUCAUGCUGCGUAUGGCGGCGUAUCCUUGUCCGCGGCACAGCAGCAAGCGCUCUUGGCGGCUGCCUCAGUGGCAGCCACAACGCCAGCAGCCCUCAUGCCACAGACAACACAUGCCCAGAUGCCGGUCCCAGUUCCAGUGCAGGUGCCUGUUCCAGUGCCGCGUCCAGCUCCGCCAGCUGCUGCAUGUGCCCUUGUGCAGCCGAUGAGCUGCAUGCCGCAGGAUCUGCAGCAUCUCUCUUCCAUUAAUCUCAAUCUGGGUGGCGUGAUGGCGCUAAGGAACCACACAUCUGCCUCAGGCCUCACAACUAUAAAAUCGCUACCAAAUGGCGCCGCCGCUUUGACGAUUAACCGAAAGCUGAAUGCAGUAAGCGAAUCAGAGAAACAGAAACUUAAAAUUCCGGAGAAAAGGAAAACUGAAGACACUGAGCAAAUCAAAGAUUUAAAAAAGGCAAAACUCGAGACAAAGGCAUUGAAAGCGAAAAGACCUGGAUUUACGGAUGAAAGAUAUCAGGAAACAUCUUAUUAUACUGAAAAUGGUCUUAGAAAAGUUUAUCCCUAUUAUUUCACCUUCACGACCUUCACUAAGGGACGUUGGGUGGGCGAAAAGAUUCUUGAUAUAUUCUCAAAGGAGUUUCGAGCUCAUCCAGCUGAGGAAUAUGAACGCUGUAUUCAAACAGGCACAUUAACCGUCAAUUUCGAGAAGGUGCCCAUCGAUUAUCGGCUCAAACAUAAUGAUUUGUUAGCCAAUAUUGUGCACAGACACGAAGUGCCCGUCACUUGCCAACCAAUCACAAUUGUGCAUAUGGAUGAGGACAUUGUGGUUGUUAAUAAACCGGCCUCUAUACCCGUUCAUCCGUGUGGCCGAUACAGACAUAAUACGGUCGUCUUUAUACUUGCCAAGGAGUUCAAUCUAAAGAAUCUUCGCACUAUUCAUCGUCUUGAUCGAUUGACUUCUGGUCUAUUGCUAUUUGGUCGUAGUCCAAAGAAGGCGCGCCAAAUGGAACAGCAGAUCCGAAACAGGCAGGUGGAGAAGGAGUAUAUCUGUCGAGUAGAAGGCAACUUUCCAGAUGGCGUUGUAGAAUGCAAGGAACCAAUUGAGGUGGUCAGCUAUAAGAUUGGCGUCUGCAAGGUAUCGCAAAAGGGCAAGGAUUGCACCACAACCUUUCAAAAGCUUUCCCAAAACGGAACCACAAGCGUAGUUCUCUGUAAGCCACUCACAGGGCGCAUGCAUCAGAUACGAGUGCACUUGCAAUAUUUGGGCUACCCAAUACUUAACGAUCCGUUGUACAAUCAUGAAGUAUUUGGACCGCUAAAAGGUCGCUCUGGAGAUAUUGGUGGCAAAAGUGACGAUGAACUAAUACGAGAUCUCAUUAACAUACACAAUGCUGAAAACUGGUUAGGAAUAGAUUGUGACUCUGACAUAUCAUUGUUCAAAAAUUCGAAAGAUGAAACUGAUCUGGAAAGCUUAAGCAGUGAUCAAACUUUUGCCGUACAUAACAGUGAUGACGAUGUUGGCAUUAAUUCACGCGAAACCACACCACCCAUUGCCGAAAAUCAACAAAAUGUAGAGCCAGUUAAGCUGCAAUCACAACAACCAUGUACAAAUAGCAAUCAAGGAUUCGUAGGCAAAGCUGAUGAGCAGUCCACCCCAGUUGCAGUACAACAGAGCACAGAUGGUCCACAAGCCAGCGCUGGAAAUGCACUCGAAGUCCCGUUGGCGUCAGAUAAAGUUGUUAUCGAUAAGCAUUGCUACGAAUGCAAAGUGCACUAUCGCGACCCUAAACCCAAGGAUCUCGUCAUGUACUUGCAUGCAUGGAAAUACAAGGGACCUGGUUGGGAGUAUGAAACCGAACUUCCAUCCUGGGCACUUGAGGAAUGGAACGAAUGCGACUUAACCUCAGAUAAAGUUGUGAAUUAAUUAUCUGCAAUAGAUUCUAUAAUCAAUAAGUGGCUUCUCAGAUACAUACAUACUGAUGCUUAAGCUUCUAGCAUCAAAAGUCCUCUCGAAACGCUUCACUCCAUACAAUGAUGAACCAAACAGAAGAACAAAAUAGUGCAAUUAAUAUCGACCAAGCUAUUCAUUUAUAUGUACUAUAGUGUAUACAUUUAAAUAUGUACUUAUAUACCAUAUAUGAUGAAGACAAACUGACCAAAAAUAUGUUUAAUUGUAAUCUGUCAACAGAAAUUCUAAAUAACAUACAUAUAUAUGAAAAAUGUGCCUUUUAAAUUGGUAUAAACAUAAGAUUAAAUGCACAUUUGUAGACACAUGCCUACAUACUCGUAUAAUAACUAGUGUAGGUACGCAUAUCAAAAUAAUCAAAUUGUUGCUUUACUUAGAUGUUUUCAUAUAGUGAAUUUUAUUGGUACUCCCUUUUAGGCGAUUAAAUGUAUAUUACAAAAAAAAAAUAAUGAUAUUUCAAAAGUCAAAUCAAAACUCUACAAACCAUUCAAUCAAAUAAAAUAAUAAAUUUAAGAGAAUAAAUGAAAAGACAUGCAAUACAAUUUCAAGUUUUCUAUACACAAGUAGAUCUACACAUAAACUGUAUAAGUAUGCAGUUUUAUAUAUGUAUACAAAUAUGCGUAAAUCUGUCGAACCAUUGAAAAUCUUAUCGGAAUUGAAAAUAAGUAGAAUCAUAAUCGAAAGGUUCCAAUCAGCUUAUAAGCUUAUUAUUUCCCUUAA